UCCAGCUGUGACCUUUUGAUGUCAGGUGUCAAAGCAUGCAUUUUGCUUCUCUGGUCCGCGUGCUUAUGGAUAGUUCCUGAGAAAAUAGGAAUUAUGGACAGACUCUCUCCACCCAUUUGAUUCGAAUAUAAUUACCUGGGCAAAGAUGCAACCCGUCGAGUCUCUCCUCCACAGUGGCUAUUUCCACCCAACACUCAGAUACUGGCAGACCUGUGCCUCAGACUUGAGACCUGAGAACCUCAUCUACCCCAUCUUCAUCACUGACAGCCCUGAUGCUGUGGAGCCCAUCACUAGCCUACCUGGCCAGGCCAGAUAUGGAGUGAAUAAACUGGAGGGCAUGCUACGCCCCCUUGUGGAAAAGGGCUUGAAGUGUGUGCUGAUUUUCGGAGUGCCUGCAAAAAUAGCUAAGGAUGAGAGAGGUUCAGGUGCAGACACAGACAAUACUCCGGCUGUGUUGGCUGUGAAGAAGAUAAAGUCUCUUUUCCCUGACCUGCUGAUGGCCUGUGACGUCUGCCUCUGUCCCUACACCUCACAUGGACACUGUGGAAUCUUGCGGGAGGAUGGCACUCUGGACAAUGGUGCCAGUUGCCAACGUUUGGCAGAAGUGGCAUUGGCCUAUGCCCACGCUGGCUGUCACAUCAUUGCACCCUCUGAUAUGAUGGAUGGGCGAGUGGGAGCUAUCAAACAUUCACUGAUGUCCAAUGACAUGGGCAACAAGGUGUCAGUGCUGAGUUACAGUGCCAAGUUUGCUUCCUGUUACUAUGGUCCCUUCAGAGAUGCAGCACAGUCCAAGCCAGCAUUUGGAGAUAGGCGCUGUUAUCAGCUGCCCUCCGGUGCAAGGGGCCUGGCACUACGAGCUGUGGACAGAGAUGUCAAGGAGGGAGCAGAUAUGCUGAUGGUGAAGCCAGGACUGCCCUAUCUGGACAUAGUGAGGGAGGUCAAAGACAAGCACCCCACUCACCCACUGGCAGUGUAUAAUGUGUCAGGGGAGUUUGCCAUGCUGUGGCAUGGGGCCCAGGCUGGAGCUUUUGACCUGCGCACCGCUGUACUGGAGUCUAUGACUGCCUUCCGCAGGGCAGGUGCUGACAUCAUCAUCACCUACUACACACCUCAACUGCUCACCUGGCUGAAAGAGUAACAGACAGAAGGAUGGACAUAAAGAUGGAUCAUGUGACAAACUCCUUUUUACCUAGCUGUGCAAGGCUGACCUACACUGACAAAUGGUGUCUAUUCAAACCAAACUGACAUGUGAGAACAGGCAAUCUAUCUUCAUACAUUAAUUUACAGUUUAUUUUUCUAUAUAACAUUGUUACGUCAUAUUGUUUUUUUCUUUGUGUGCAGCAACCACUAAUUCUUACUAAAGGUGGUAGUCUUGGAGCUAGUAGACACAUUUGUAAAGCGUAUCAAAUUCGCUUUGAAGGGUUUGUCUGUUAGAUGAAAGAAUGGUAAUAUAAAAUAUGUUGAUUGUGAUUUUGUUUUAUGGGCAUUAUUUACUAUUCUAUAGUUUUCUAAAUAGAGUAUGACGAAUAUAGGCCUUGGCUUUUUAUAGCUCUGUGACGUCUGUAAUAGCUCUGGCUUUAGCGCUGAAAUUUAGCUGUGGUUGUAAGGUUGGGUCAAGAAACCUGUAAAGAUCUUUUUUACCAGGGUAAAUGGUCCUGUCCCAGAAAAUAGAGAUUUGUUAGAUAACAGCAAUAAAGCUACAAUCAAGUCUGAAA